AUGUCGUUAAAAGUUGCAUAUUUGGGACCACAGGGUACCUACACGUAUCAGGCCACAGUACAACAGUUUCCCGAUGAAAAAGUCGACGUCCAUCCGCAAAAGGCCAUAGCUGACUGUUUCCAGGCUCUCCAUGACAGAAGGGUAGACUAUGCAGUGGUACCCUUUGAAAACUCCACCAAUGGACAAGUUGUGUAUACGUACGAUUUGCUUCGUGACUGGUUUUCCAAGAGUGACUGUCAGUUUCAAAUUGUAGGCGAACAGUUUGUCUCCAUCAACCACUAUGUGUUGUCCAGGGCCAAGCUGCUUGACCAAGUCACCAAAAUAUAUUCUCAUCCCCAAGUGUGGGGACAAGUCACCCUGUUCACCAAGAAACACCUUGCUGGGUCGAGGAUUGUGCAAGUCGACUGCUCUUCUACCUCAAGGGCUGCAGAGUUGGUCUACCAGGACGACACCAACACCACGGCGUGCAUCUCAUCUAAGUUGAGCGCUGACAUAUAUAAGUUGCCCGUCAUGUAUCCAAACGUCGAAGAUAUUGCCAACAACACCACCAGGUUCUUGGUAUUGGGCUAUGAGAAGCCUCCACCCAGCUCCACAGAAGACAAGGAUCAAAAAUACAUAACAUCCGUGCUCUUCACAUUGAACCACAACGACCCUGGUGCACUCUGCACAGCAUUGGACAUCUUACGCAGACAUGGCAUUGAUAUGACAUCGAUAAACUCCAGGCCCUCCCACUUGAAGCAGUGGCAGUACGUUUUCUUCGUGGAAAUGCAAGGGUGCAUUGAGAGGGACGCCAAUGUGCGAGCUGGACUCACCGAGUUAGGAGAGAACUGUAGCUUGACUGUUCUAGGUUCGUUUGAAAGGAACUGGAGGUACAAUGGGGCCUAA